AUGAAAAGGACCCGCGGUCUCAGUCAUGACAUCAUGCCACCAGCUGGUGCCGAUCCUUUUGCUGAUAUCUCGCAUCUGGCGGCACACAGAUUCACCGCUCGGUUGCCGCAAUCAGCCAUAAUCCUCCUGGCCGUUUUCCUCGUUUUUCAUAUCCUGAUCGCCGCGUUCAACUUGGCCAUCCUAAUCUUUCCCUACGUCGGUAGAGCCAAGCGACAAUUGUGGACUUACAAGAAGCUAUACAUUUACGAUCGUUCUGGCGAAAAACUUUACAGUACUCCCUUGUACUUGGUCAAUGCUGGGGUCUUGAUGUCGGUCUCGCAACUUCUGAGCUCCGUCACUACUCAGGUGUACAUAUUGAUGCACAUAAGGAUGAAUUUAUCCGAACAUUACGCUCUACGCUGUCAAUUUAUUCCUGUCUUAGGUCUCGUGUUCAUCUUUGAUACUUACUCAUACUGGAGUAUGGCGCACUGCUUUUUGGCACUAUAUUACAGCAACAAGAACUUUGCGGUCAAACCAAAACGGCUAAGCUGGCUCCGAUCUCCGCGGUCAAUCAAUAUUUUCUUUCUCAUCUUCCCAAUUUUCGUGACCGUUGCGACCAUCAUCGUCAUAACCCGUAUGAGCAUGGUCUAUCACGAUCUUCAAGUCCAGACAACAAGUUUGAGAGCCACUCUGGCCCAAGGAACCCUAAUUUGGAAGCAAUUGGAGCUUCCUGGUCACUCUGCCGAGGAAAUAGCAAGCCUUUCAUCUCAGCUAACAACAGUGCAGUCUCGAUUAGGCUCACUGCUGGUGCCAACCGGUACUUUGGCAUUAAAAUUACUUGAUCGAUUCAACUCAAUCCGAUCAGUAAUGCUAUUCUUCAUACCCGCAACCAGCCUAUACAAAUCGAGGGGCGAUCCGCCAACUGAACUAAUUUCAAAAGCCGAUUUAUCUGAUUCUUGGCACGCACAAAGCAACUCCCAACACAUCUCUGUACGAUCACACGUCAGCCCGACUAGCCUGACUCUGUUUCAAACCUUGCAAUCAGAUCCCCAAUUUCUUCGAUUGACAAUAAGGGCUUUUGCUACCCUCCUCGGGAUGCUCGUCGCUCUGGUUUUCUGGGUUUUGGCUAUAUUCAAGUCGAAUGACAUGAUGAUCGAUCCUUUUUGGCACGGGCUUGCGACGUGGCUACCAGCAGUUUCUGGCACCUGGACUGCGAUUCCACUAGCAUGGCAAUCGUGGCGGCUAUACCUAGACCAAAACCCCGGAACUGUUGAUCUUUCCUACAAGUUAGAAGAGACUGCGUCGACAAAAGAGCACCCUCGGACCGCGCGCUCUUGA